AUGUCUAUGCUGCCUUCAUUCGGCUUUACACAGGAGCAAGUAGCCUGUGUGUGCGAAGUCCUACAACAAGGGGGGAACCUGGAGAGAUUGGGCAGGUUCCUCUGGUCCCUACCAGCUUGUGAUCACCUCCAUAAGAAUGAAAGCGUUCUAAAAGCUAAGGCUGUUGUAGCCUUUCACAGGGGGAACUUCAGAGAACUCUACAAGAUCCUGGAGAGUCACCAGUUCUCCCCACACAACCACCCAAAACUGCAGCAGCUGUGGCUCAAGGCGCACUAUGUGGAAGCUGAGAAACUCAGGGGGAGACCUCUUGGAGCAGUGGGCAAAUACCGGGUGAGGAGGAAAUUUCCUUUGCCAAGAACCAUAUGGGAUGGUGAGGAGACAAGUUACUGCUUUAAGGAGAAGUCUAGAGGGGUUCUAAGGGAAUGGUAUGCUCAUAACCCCUACCCCUCUCCCAGAGAGAAGAGGGAGCUGGCAGAGGCCACUGGACUCACCACCACCCAAGUCAGCAACUGGUUCAAAAACAGAAGGCAAAGGGACAGAGCUGCGGAAGCCAAGGAGAGAGAAAACACAGAAAACAACAACACAUCCGGCAACAAACAGAACCAGCUCUCUCCAUUAGACGGAGGAAAAUCCCUUAUGUCCAGCUCUGAAGAAGAGUUUUCCCCCCCUCAGAGCCCAGACCAGAACUCUGUCCUCCUGCUGCAGGGUAGCCUCAACCACCCCGGGGGCUCCUCCUAUACUCUGAGCGCUUUAAGUGCCUCUCAGGGGGGCCACGGCCUAGGCAGCCACCAGCACCAGCUGCAGGACUCACUUCUUGGACCCCUUACCUCCAGCUUGGUGGAUCUAGGAUCCUAAACCAGUCAUCAGACAUGGACUGUGAUGGGGACACCCAUGGACUGCACAAUGAUUGUAUAUAGCAAGACACUUGGU